CUCCUGCAAGUCACGCUGAGCCGUUGCAUGUCUUGGUCUAAUUCUAGAUCUAGGUCUGGUCUAGUAUUCCCAAAUAUCCAGGUGGGAUAAAUGACUGUCUCGGAAAAGAAAGUAAAGGGAAUGAAUGAGCACGUGCAGCGCGGGGCAACGGUCAACGCAGUUUAACGUUUAUUUCUCCAACAUCCGAGCGAAGCAAUUACCAAGGUAGACAAUCGGCACUCGGACGUAGUAUCGGCAACUGCAACCGUGAUUUUUUUUUUUACCAUGAUCGAAUAAACCGUGGCCACAUCCUCCCGACAAACCCAUGACCCAGAUAACUAUGGCGACUGAUGAAGAACUCAUCAUGACACCACCCGAGUCCCCGCCUACUCCCCUGCGCAGGGGAAGCAUCAUCGGCGGACGUCAAGGCGACAAGUUUCGCCUGACUGUCCUGGCUGAUGGCCUAGUCCGCUACGAGUGGGCGCCGGACAGUCGGUUCGAGGAUAGGCCGUCCUCGUUUGCAUACCGUCGCGACCGCGGAGGGACCGACGGUUUUGUGGUCGAGGAGUCGGACGACGGCGGCUGGAUUGACAUAGUCACCAAACGUUUCCGCAUCACCUUUGACACAAACUGCACGUCGUUUGCGGCGCACAACUUCUUCUGCCUCGUGGCGGGCCACACCCGCAGCCUCUGGCGGUAUGGCUACUACAAGCCGUGGGAGAGCCUCGGCGGCACUGCUCGCACGCUGGACCGCGUCGACGGCAGGACGGACUGGGGCACCGGCAUCAUGUCGCACAAGGGGUAUGCCACCAUCGACGACUCGACCACCAUGCUUUUCGAGGAGGAUGGCUUUGUCGCGCCCCGUCUCGCGGGAGAAGGGAGGGUGGACGGUUACUUGUUCGCCUACGGGCACGACUACCGCGACGCCAUCAAGGCGUUUUAUCUCAUCUCGGGUGAGACGCCCGUCAUCCCGCGCUGGGCGCUGGGCAACUGGUGGAGCAGGUACUACCCGUACAGCGACGACGAGUACGUCGGCCUCAUGGACGAUUUCGAGAAGCAUCGAGUGCCGCUGUCGGUUGCCGUCAUCGACAUGGACUGGCACCUGGUUGACGACCCGCGGGUUAUCGCCGAUGGUCAGAACGGCUGGACUGGAUAUUCGUGGGACCGCAAGCUGUUCCCACACCCGCGUCGCUUCCUGGCAGAGCUGCACAAGCGUGGGUUGAAGACGACUCUCAACGACCACCCGGCCGACGGUGUGCACAGGUACGAAGACUUGUACGAGGAGUUUUGCCGCGCGGUUGGCCGGGAUCCAGCAUCGGGGGAGCCGGUAGCGUUUGACAUAACAAACCGCAAAUACAUGCGUGCAUACUUUGAGGUCCUGCUCAAACCGCUCCAAGAGGACGGCUGCGACUUUUGGUGGAUAGACUGGCAGCAAGGCGAGUACACCAAGCUGCGCGGCGUUGAUCCGCUCUGGGUGCUCAACCACUUCCACUACCAGCACAUCAAGAGCAGCAAGAUGCCCCAGCCCCUGAUCCUGUCGCGGUAUGCCGGGCCCGGCAGCCACCGGUAUCCGCUCGGCUUCUCCGGGGACAGCGUGGUUUCGUGGGACAGCCUGCGCUUCCAGCCCGCCUUCACGGCGACGGCGUCCAACAUUGGCUACGGCUGGUGGAGCCACGACAUUGGCGGCCACUACCUGGGUGCCAAGAGCGUCGAGCUCACCACGCGCUGGGUCCAGCUCGGCGUCUUCUCGCCCAUCAUGCGCCUGCACUCGUCCAACACGCGCUGGGUGUCCAAGGAGCCGUGGCUCUUGCCCACCGGCGGGCCACAGGAGACGGUCUUGGACUUUAUGAGGUUGCGGCACCGGCUGCUGCCGUACCUGUACUCGAUGAACGUGCGCGCCUCAGAGGAGGGAAUGCCGCUCGUGCAGCCCAUGUACUGGGAGUGCCCGACGCGCCACGAGGCGUACCGCGUCGAGAACCAGUUCCUCUUUGGCAGCAGCAUGAUGGUGCUGCCCAUCACGGAUCCGCUUGACCCGACGUACCGGCUCGCCAAGACCAAGGGCUGGUUGCCUCCGGGCAGGUGGGUGGACUACUUCACCGGCAGGAUAUACACUGGAGACCGCGAGGCGUGGAUGAGCAGGCCCCUGGAUCAGUAUCCCGUGUUUGUCAGGGAGGGAUCCAUUGUGGUCUUGGAUGCUGCCGAAAAGCUCCAAAACAGCACACCGCUGCCCAGCUCUCUCGAGGUCGUGCUCGCUGUUGACCAAAGCUCCGGAAACGCCUGCUUCGACCUCCACGAAGACGUACAGGCCAAAGACGGCGAAAUCAGACGCUUGACUACAAAGAUUGAAUGGACAGCAGAGACGAGCACCGUCACAAUCACCAAUCCCCCAGGCUCACCCAAGGAUUCCCAUCCCACCCGGGAAUGGAACCUGCUCUUCCUCGCCCAGCACGGCAGCAGGUGCACCUUGACCAACGCGCAAAACAACGCGCAGCUCCGCCGCCAACCCGACGAAAGGGGCUCGCGCUUCACCCUGGGCAGCUUCCCGUCCGACGAGCCCAUCGUGGUGACGCUCGGCGGCGCGGGCGGCAUGCGGAACAAGAACCCGAUCGGCCACAUCGAGAAGAUGCUGGGCGAUGCCGAGAUCGAGUAUGCGCUCAAGGACACCAUCUGGGCUGCGUUGACGGUCGAGAUGGGCAAGAAGACCUACCAGGCGCGCCCAAAGAACGAGCAGCUGCAGGGCGUGCAGGCCUUGGAGAUUGAUGACAGUCUGAGGCAUGCCAUUGUGGAGUUGUUGCUGCUCGAGUAUGAGGACAUUUGAGGGACUAAAAGAUCCGGAUCAAAAGUAUUUGUAACACGUUUUCCCAUGCCAGAAAUACGUGACAGAAAUAACCAAUACAGCAAGACUCGAGCUUUUUACAUGCCCAAGAGGAGUAGAUGAUACCCCCAGAUGUUCUGAUUAACCAGAGAGCAGACAUACAAUGGUAUUCUACUUGCAUCAAAACGCAUGGAGCUCAUCAUUGUCAAGACAUAUUUGGGGUACAGCCAGCUACCCCGUACAACUCGAUGAUGGUAAACAAAGCAAGCGAUAGAAACAUGGCCGCUGCUGACAGAGGACUUGACCUUCUUCUGGUUGGCGCAGCACGAAAAAGAUGUUAUUGAUCUUGCGUCAAAGGCCGUCUGCUCGCCAGUGGAUUCAGCAAAGCACAUACUGCCAAAAUAUCAAUAUGAGGUAUUGGGUGAAGGAAGCGUCGUCAUGCCAUUGUCACGGAGCUCAAUAGCAAGGACGUAGUUUGGGACAUGCCGGAAAUGCUGAAUCUUAGAAAGACGGCCGAAGCUGACAAGUUUGGCAUUAAUAGAAAAAGUUGCAAAUAAUGCCCAUUGACCCCUGCCAUAAUGUCAAAUCGUAGCUUGGAGC